AUAAUUUUUCCAACAGUACGCAAUGUCGAUUCCAGAGUGCGUAUCGAUCGAUUUGAAGAAAUGCUAUCCCAGUUAGGAAAUGCCACCCAACAUUAAAAAUAAAACACGCAAUUUCUACGAUAAAAUCGGGCUAAACAGGACCGUUUUUCCUACAGGGCAUUUUUGUCAAAUUUUUCAGGUUCGCCACCUGCCGUCGGUAUUGCGAACCUGCAAAAUCUGACAACAAAAAAUUAUACAGAAAAUGGUUGAAUUUUUGUUCUAAGUGUCAUGUCAGUGUGAUCAGUGAACAUACGUCAUCGUGAAUCGACCCAUUUCCAUUGAUGAUAUUAUUAUCAAAACACCAACAUGUGUGGUAUAUGCUGUUUUAUAUCUUAUAGUGAUACAAUAAAUACCGAGAUCCACGAGAUAGCGGAAUUACAUCAACUUUUAAAAAAUCGAGGACCGGACUUUUCCGGUCGAUUUGAGUUCAAGUCGCGUGUGCUUUUGGAUGGCAACGUAUUGUGGCAACAAGGAAAUGAACCCUGUCUUCAGCCAAUCGAAGAAGAACGAUUUGUUCUACUAUUCAACGGGGAUGCUUUCGUUGAACGAGACAAUCUAGAUGAAAGCGAUACGCGAUGGUUGUUCCGGAAAAUUCAAGAAACUAGUGAUGAGUGCGAUUUAGGCACUUUAUUCAAAACUUUGAAGGGUCCUUUCAGUUUAAUUCUUCUGGACAAGCUUUUAGAAAGGAUCUAUUUCGCAAGAGACAGCUUAGGACGUAAUUCUCUGCUGAUCAGCAGUUCCGAAGAGGGAAUAUUAUUGUCCAGUGUUUUAGGAACUACUAGCUCAUUUCAAACCGUUGAACUACCUCCUGUUGGAUUAUUUUACAUUGAUUUUGAGCGCUGUAAUAAGAAUGAACAAAAAUUAUUUCUAAGACCUUGGAAAAAUAAUGAUGAAGAAAUUUUGUCUCUCGAUUUAGUAUUGAGAGACUCAAUUACUUUGCCAUGGUUUCAGCCAAUUGAAAAUAAGUACGAUUUCGAUUUCCAUCAGUUGUUAGACCACUAUGACGCUCUUGAUUCGGAUGCUCUGUUUGAACAAAUACUCCAGGAAACCGUCAUAUCCAUGUUAUGUGAAGAUCUGAUCAAAUUAUUGACCCAAUCAGUACGCGAAAGAGUGCGAGCUAGUCCUAGUUUUUGUAAAGACUGUAUUGAGAAUAAAAAACCUUGCCAACAUUCCAGCGUCGGAAUACUGUUCUCAGGAGGAUUGGAUUGCUCUAUACUAGCUUUGUUGGCCGAUGAAUUUGUAGAUCCAUAUCGACCCAUUGAUUUGUUGAAUGUAGCUUUCGAAAAACUUCGUCGGCCACCUAAAACAGGUAAAACACAACCAUCGCCAUCUGACAUCAAUUGGAAUGUACCGGAUCGUCAAACAGGAAAGAGUACUGUAGAAGAACUACAGAAUUUACGCCCGAAUCGGCAAUGGAAUUUCGUUGAAAUAAACAUUACUCGACAAACACUAAGCGAUUGUAAACGCAGAAUAACAGAUCUAGUCUUUCCUUUGAAGUCGGUGCUUGACGAGUCACUAGGAUCUGCCUUGUGGUUUGCCUCCCGUGGCCAAGGCUUGCUUAACGGCGAAGAAUAUCAGUGUCCAGCGAGGGUACUUCUUUUGGGUUCUGGCGCUGAUGAGCUAUUUGGUGGCUAUUCUCGUCACAGGGCUGCAUUUUACCGGAACGUUCAUAGCACAGAUAAAGCUAACAUUGAUCAACGAGAAGCCUUUCUGAAUCUCUCUGCUGAAUUAGAGCUGGAUUGGCAAAGACUACCAACUCGUAAUUUAGCCCGUGACGAUAGGAUAAUUUGCGAUAAUCGAAUUACUCCGAGAACACCAUAUCUGCAGGAGGAUUUCGUAGCUUUAGUGAAAAGUUUACAGGCGAAUCAGCGCUGUUACCAUCCCUUAGGGUCUGGCUUGGGAGAUAAAUUAAUACUUCGACUGUGCGGAUAUCGGCUAGGGUUGAAACGCUGCGCUUUUUACAAAAAACGAGCCUUGCAAUUCGGAUCACGAAUUGCCGACAGCAAGCAAAAUGCGAACGACGAAUCCAAAUUUCUGAGAGUAGGUGAAUAAAACUAUAAUUUUAAAAAUUCAUUACCUGUGACAAGGAGUUACAAAUCAGAUUAAUAAAUAUCGGCAAAGCAGAAUCUGAACUCAUUUCAAGUGUUUGCGAUUCUUCUCUAGUGAAACGGGCUGAUGAACUACUUAAAGUAACUACCAACUUACCGAUUCCGAAAAUAUGUGCUCCUCUGAGAUUAUCAGACCGUCAAUGGUAUCUAAAACCACCUCGCAUCGACAACUGUAUGCGCCGAAACGUAAAAGCGGGAGACCCGAGCUAUAAAGUUCUCACCUUUUUUAAUGAAACGAUGCAAACAAAAUACAAACAUUUUUACCAUUUCUACACUGAUGGGUCCAAACUUGGAGAGGAGAUAGGAGCUGCCGCCGUUGGUCGAGAAAUAGAACUGUGCUGCUCUCUACCAAAAUGUUGUAGCAUUUUCUCCGCUGAAGCUUAUGCGCUCAAAAUUGCAGCUGAAAAAGCUAGAACUGAACAUCAACAGUCGAUAAUUUUCAUUGAUUCUGCAAGCGUUAUCGAUGCACUUUCGAAAGGACACUCAAGGCACCCCUGGAUUCAAGAAGCAGAAAAGCAUUUAGCAGAAAACAAUGUUGUGGUUGCAUGGGUCCCUGGACACUGCAACAUUCCAGGAAAUGAGAGGGCGGAUUAUUGGGCAAACCAAGGACGAAAGAGAACACCGAUAAAUAUAACUGUUCCAGCAGCUGACGCAAUUCGAUCGGUAAAAAUCUGUUUAAGGGAGGCAUGGCAAUCGGAGUGGAGUCGGUCACAAAAUCUACUGAGGCGUGUAAAACCAUCCAUCAGCGCAUACAUUGAUAGAAAAUGCGCAUCUGAACAACGUGUAUUUACGAGGUUACGUAUAGGACACACGCGUUUAACACACUCUUUUUUAUUUGAAAGAAGUACACCACCAGAAUGUUCAUUCUGCGGUGUUAGAAUAACUAUUCAACACAUCCUGGUUGACUGCCGAGGUUUCGAUCAAGCUCGCCGCUCAUCUGAACUAGAGGGUCUUUCUAUCUUCGAUAUUCUGUCGAACUGUGUAAGCAAGGAAAACAAUGUUCUGAAAUUUCUAAAAUUAUGUAAUCUGAUAGAUAAAUUGUAAAUUAUGUGAAUAGGAAUAGACACAGACAUGAACGCCAUGUGAAUGGUAAAGUGUCUUUAAUAAAAAAAAAAAAAAAAAAUUCAAGUGUAAUUUUUUAAAAUCUGCGUGUUUAAGAACGCAAACCUCAACAAGCCGUUUAUGCGAUUAUCGGUAUCGAUAUAUUUCAAGUAUAUUUGGUCGGUGGAACUCGCGUAUCUGAUUAAAAAAAACAUUGUUAAGUUUUUUGCGUCUGUGCAAAUAAGUCGAGUUGUUGACUCUUAAAUAGCAAAUCAUAAUUUUAUCCCUUUCUUGCACACAUUUUCCAUUUGAAUACACUAUUAAGCGUCACUAGGUAUAAGUUUUUUCACAUCAAAUGCUCAUGAUUCACAUGACUGUGAUAUACACAAUAACAAUAACAGAAUUGU